AUGGCGGCAGUACCCGUUUCCGUCGAACCGGCCAAGCUGGAAGACGCUCUCGCUAUUGCCGAAAUUUUCCUGAAGUCUUUCAAUAGUGACUUCUUUCAGACCAUGUUCCCCCAAAACGAAUACGGCCGGGCCUACAUGACGGAUGCCUGCAGACAGUUCAUGGUCUCCAAGGAGCACGGCUCUCAAGAAGGCGAGCCUGUGGCCACCACCCUCAUCUGGAUCAUCCGUCCCGAAGACAACGGAACCUGGUCGUGGCGAAAGCGAUGGCCACCCGCUAAUGCAGGGCAAAAAGACGAGCUGCUUGACGAGUUCUUCUCCGACAUGGCGUCUCAGCACGAACGCGUCAUGGGCAACAACUCUCACGUUUGCUAUGCGCAAGCCCUCCUCCAACGAGGGACCGAAAUCGCCGACCAAUUGGGCUACCCGAUGUACCUCGACGCCGAGGAGUACAUUGUUCACCUCUACUCACAAGCCGGCUUCUCAAUCAUGACUGAUGUUGGCCAGUCGUCACAAAUGAUUCCCAUGAUGAGACCAGCCAAGGGCUGA